AUGACGGAGUUCUCUGGCCCAAACCUAAGCCACCUGAACUUGCAGGACGAUUGGGAGCCCUCCUACCAAUACCCCGUCAGCUCUGUCAUAGACUGUCAGGUGCAAAUGCUCGCCCAUCGCAAGCAGGGCCCCGUUCUGCCCACUCUCGUCAUCACCAUCAACGACAAGGAAAAGAAGCGCCGUUCCAGUAGGGCUGCUGGCCUCAUCUCGAGCAAAGAGUCUACUGCCACUACGCUCUGGUUCCGAACUCCUCCCGACGACCAUCACAUUAGUCUACAUGAAUGGGCCCGGUUUAUUAUUUCGAGAAAGCUCCCCAUGAGCCCCGAAAGCCCGGCUUCUCCCUCUUUCACCAACCCCUUCGCCCAGCAGCGUUCUCGAGAUGUUGACUACUUCCCCCGCCCUCCAAGUGGGAACCCGAAUCCCCGUGGCACUCUGCAACACAAGAAUUCGACGCAGACAUACUCCAGCCGAGACCGCCCCAUCACAUUCAGCUCCGAUUCCCCGAGUUUGCGUUCUAAGCGCAGUGAUGUCUCAUCUCCGACAAGCACUACCCAUCCUGCUCAUAUGGGCUUCACCAUCCCAGAUCCCAAUAAAUACACUACCGUCCUCCCGAGCGACAUCCCCUCCCCUGUCACAACGAUGUCCAUGAGCGACUACCAACGAAGCGAACUGAUUGAGGGAUGGACAGCGGCACAAGGACGUUCGUCGACCAUCAGCUCACCGAUCCGCGGCCGAGGCAGCGUCAGCUCAGGAGGUGCCCAACCUUUUCCGGGUGCCGAUUCCAGUUCACCACCGAACCAGCGAGAGACGAUCCUGGAUCGAGCUUUCCAGCUGCGAUGCAUCCCUGGCUCCGAACUCGAGACUCCGGGUGAAGAAAAGCUCACUUCGCUGGCUCGGUUCGAUGCAUUGAUGCGGGAGGCCGACGAGAAAGUGCGACAACAGGUGAAAGAAGCACAUGCCGAGAAGAUUGCCAUGCUGAGCGCAUUCGAUGUCGAUGAGGACUCAUCCGAAGAGGAGGCUGACGACGACGAGGAAGAUGAAGACGACGACGAGCAUGACGAAUAUGCACACGAGGCAGAUGCCAGUGGCAAUCGCCAAACCUUGAUCGCACCCAAUGCCCAACGCGCCCUGGAAUAUCUUGCUAGUCGCCAAGAAGAAGCCAUGUCACCUCGCUCGCCCGUGAUGAGGAGCCCGCCUGCCAACUUCAGUGUUCCCCUGCAGGCUCCUGCGCGACCACACACGGCGCAUUCCAAGAUGCGGCCGGGUGUGACGCAAAGGACGUACAGCCAAACUCAGCCCGUGGGCCAAGAGAGGCUCGAUGUGCCAACCUCUUCAUCCGGUAAGACAUCCGAUGAUGCCAACUUCCGAACCAACGGGGAAAAGCGGGCGUCCGGCUCCAGCGCCAAGCGACUCAGCUUCAGCGAGUUCACCAAGCGUCUCUCGAGCACCAGCAGCUUACUUCUCGUCCAGACCAACACCAGCGGCGGGAGCAGUUGCGGCAGCAGCGAGUUCGACCCAAGUCCAUCUCAGGUACCCAAAGGUACUUUGAACGCUAGGGGCGUUCCUCCACGACCUCGAGACCUCGAGAGAGAGGAUCAAGAACGACGCUGUGGAUGGCGAAACAGCAUCGGAUUCACCGAGGGCGGUAUGAUUUAA